AUGGCCACCCCGACUCCUUCCAACUGCUGCGCCCCGGGCUGGGAAGGGCCGAGGAAUGCCAUUGUGAGUCGGUGUAUCGGCAAGCCGGUUGUUGGGGAUGUGGCGGUGGUGAGGUCGUCGAGUGUGGAUGUGAACGAUUACGAGGAGACGUUCUCAAAAACUGAACUGGUCCGGACUACGGAGGAGUAUCGGAACAAGAAUGCCCGUGUUGCCAACGAGCAGCGAGAACGCACACGCAUCGCCGGGUUGUUUGGUGUGCCUGAGCAAUUCCUGCCGGAACGGAAGAUCAUCCAAAUGCCCUAGGGGAAUGAUUUGUUUUCAUUGUUUUAUCUUGC